AUGGCGGUGAUGCUUGCCACCAUUUGCAGAGGCUCUGGUGUGGGCCAUACGUCUUCCAGUGAUGAGGGUUUAAGGACGAGGCCGCAGAGAAGGAAAGAGAGGGCAGAGAAAGCUCAGACUCAGAGUCAUGGGCAGAGUGGGCCAAGGAGAAAAUCUCUGGAGGACUGGAUUGAAGCAGAUGAUGAUGAUGAAAACAAUAAGAAAGCUUUGAUGCUGCUUAUGACACUGCCAAGAACCACAAGGGACACGGUUCAAGGACACUUGGGCUCGGUUGGGAGUGAUUCUGGAAGGGCAAAUAAUCACUUUGACCUAUCAAGAAUUACUCACAAACGAGCGCUUAUAAAAAUCGUGGACUUGCGUUGCAAUUGGGUUUGUUAG